UGAGCCGCUCGCGUCCCUCCGCCUCCUCCCGCCGCUGCUGACGACUCCUCGGCCCAGCCUGCUGCGGGCCCAGCGCCGCGCCACCGGCCAUGGUGCCCAACGAGGAGAACCAGCUCGUCCCCAAAGAGGAUAUGUUUUGGAGUUGCAGACAAAGUCUCUUUGAUGAAAUGAAGAAGAAAUUUUCACAGAUAGAAAGUGCUGCUGAUGAACCCAGAGUGCUGUGUAUAAUACAAGAUACUACCAAUUCUAAGACUGUGAAUGAACGUAUCACUUUAAAUCUGCCAGCAUCCACUCCAUUGAGAAGGCUGUUUGAGGAUGUGGCCUCCAAAGUGGGCUAUGUUAAUGGAACUUUUGAUUUAGUUUGGGGAAAUGGAAUCAAUGUGGCGGAUAUGACUCCUUUGGAUCAAACCAGUGAUAAAUCUAUUCUUGAUGCUGGUUUUGAGGUAGGGAAGAAAAAUUUUCUACAUUUGACAGAUAAAGAUGGUGAACAGCCUCAUUUAAUGUCGGAGGAAUCGGGUACAACAGAUGAUGGUAAUCAAGAGAGGUUUAUAGGCCCUCUACCAAGAGAAGGCUCUGUUGGUUGUACCAAUGAUUAUGUCUGUCAAAACUACUCAUACUCUUCUAUCCUGAGUAAAUCAGAGACAGGCUAUGUGGGAUUAGUAAAUCAAGCAAUGACUUGCUAUUUGAACAGCCUAUUGCAAACACUUUUCAUGACUCCUGAAUUUAGAAAUGCAUUAUACAAAUGGGAAUUUGAAGAAUCUGAAGAAGAGGCAGUGAUGAGCAUCCCUUACCAGCUUCAAAGACUGUUUGUUUUAUUGCAGACCAGCAAAAAGAGAGCAAUUGAAACAACAGAUGUUACACGGAGCUUUGGAUGGGAUAGUAGUGAGGCAUGGCAGCAGCAUGAUGUACAGGAGCUUUGUAGAGUCAUGUUUGAUGCUUUGGAACAGAAGUGGAAGCAAACAGAGCAGGCUGAUCUCAUAAAUCAACUGUAUCAAGGCAAACUGAAGGACUAUGUAAGAUGUCUAGAAUGUGGCUAUGAGGGCUGGAGAAUUGACACUUACCUGGAUAUUCCAUUGGUCAUCAGACCUUAUGGCUCCAACCAGGCAUUUGCUAGCGUGGAAGAAGCGUUGCAUGCGUUCAUUCAGCCUGAGAUCCUUGAUGGCCCUAAUCAAUAUUUCUGCGAACGCUGCAAGAAGAAAUGUGAUGCAAGGAAGGGCUUGCGGUUUCUGCAUUUUCCAUAUCUGCUGACUUUACAGUUGAAGAGGUUUGACUUUGAUUACACCACUAUGCACAGGAUUAAACUUAAUGAUCGCAUGACUUUUCCUGAAGAGCUAGACAUGAGCACAUUCAUUGAUGUUGAAGAUGAGAAGUCUCCCCAAACUGAGAGUUGCACUGAUAGUGGAGCAGAGAAUGAAGGCAGCUGUCACAGUGAUCAGAUGAGCAAUGAUUUUUCUAAUGAUGAUGGUGUUGAUGAAGGAAUCUGCCUUGAAAGCAAUAGUGGUGCUGAGAGGAUUUCAAAAGUUGGCAUUGAAAAGAAUUCUUUACUGUAUGAGCUCUUUUCUGUAAUGGUCCAUUCAGGAAGUGCUGCUGGUGGCCAUUACUAUGCCUGCAUAAAAUCUUUUAAUGAUGAGCAGUGGUAUAGUUUCAAUGAUCAACACGUCAGCAAGAUUACCCAAGAAGAUAUUAAGAAAACAUAUGGUGGGUCCUCUGGAAGCAGAGGCUAUUAUUCCAGUGCUUUUGCUAGCUCCACAAAUGCAUAUAUGCUUAUAUACAGACUGAAGGAUCCGACAAGAAAUGCAAAAUUUCUUGAAGUGAAUGAAUAUCCAGAGCAUAUUAAACAAUUGGUACAGAAAGAAAAAGAGUUAGAAGAGCAAGAAAAGAAGCAACGUGAAAUUGAGCGCAAUACUUGCAAGAUAAAAUUGUUCUGCAUGCAUCCUGUGAAACAAAUAAUGAUGGAGAAUAAAUUAGAAGUUCAUAAGGACAAGACACUGAAGGAAGCUGUAGAAAUAGCUUACAAGAUAAUGGAUAUAGAAGAAGCAGUUCCUCUGGACUGCUGUCGUCUUGUUAAAUAUGAUGAGUUCCAUGAUUAUUUGGAGCGAUCGUUUGAAGAAGAGGAGGAGGAGAUACCAAUGGGACUCUUACUUGGCGGAGUCAAAUCAACAUACAUGUUUGACUUACUUUUGGAAACAAGAACACCUGACCAGGUUUUCCAGUGUUAUAAACCUGGAGAGGUUAUGGUGAAGGUUCAUGUAGUAGACCUAAAGACUGAAUCUGUUGCUCCUUCUAUCAGUGUGCGAGCUUAUUUGAAUCAGACAGUUACAGAAUUCAAGCAACUCAUUUCAAAGGCUGUACGUCUGCCCGCUGAAACAAUGCGGGUAAUACUGGAACGUUGCUACAAUGACUUGCGUCUUCUCAAUGUGGGCAACAAAACGCUGAAAGCUGAAGGCUUUUUUAGAAGUAAUAAGGUCUUCGUUGAAAGUUCGGAGUCUUUGGAUCGCCAGAUGGCAUAUACAGACUCCCAUUUGUGGAAACUUUUGGAUCGUCAUGCAAACACAAUCAGGCUAUAUGUUUCAUUGCCAGAACAAUCUCCUGGGUCUCAAUUUAAAAGGACAGUCAAUCAAAAAGCGAGUGGAGAUUCAGGCAAUUUGGAUGAAGCCUGUGCAAGAGUGAAAGGACCUCUGGGUAAUAUGAGAUCUGUAGAGGCUAUCUUGGAAGAAAGCACUGAAAAACUCAAAAGCUUGUCGUUACAGCAAGAGCAGGAAGGGGAUAAUGGAGACAGUAGCAAGAGCACAGAAGCAAGUGACUUUGAAAACAUUGAAUCACCUUUGAAUGAGGUAGACUCUUUAGCAUCAGCAGAAAACAGAGAACUUGAAAACCAAAUUCAAAUUUCUGAUCCAGAAAAUUUCCAGUCAGAGGAGCGGUCAGAUUCUGAUGUGAAUAAUGACAGAAGCACAAGUUCAGUGGACAGUGAUAUUCUUAGUUCCAGUCACAGCAGUGACACUUUGUGCAACGUGGACAAUGCCCCGAUCCCCUUGGCUAAUGGACUUGACUCUCAUAGCAUCACAAGUAGUAGGAGAUCUAAAGCAAAUGAAGGGAAAAAAGAAACCUGGGACACAGCAGAAGAAGAUUCUGGAACUGACAGUGAAUAUGACGAAAGUGGCAAGAGUACAGGAGAAGCACAAUACAUGUACUUCAAAGCAGAGCCCUAUGCUGCAGAUGAAGGUUCAGGAGAAGGACAGAAAUGGUUGCUGGUGCAUGUUGAUAAAAGAAUUACACUGUCUGCCUUCAAGCAACACUUGGAGCCCUUUGUUGGAGUUCUCUCCUCUCACUUCAAGGUCUUUCGAGUCUAUGCCAGCAAUCAAGAGUUUGAGAGUGUUCGGCUGAAUGAGACACUUUCAUCAUUUUCUGAUGACAAUAAGAUAACUAUUAGACUUGGAAGAGCACUUAAGAAGGGGGAAUACAGAGUCAAAGUGUACCAGCUCUUGAUAAAUGAGCCAGAACCAUGCAAGUUUCUUUUAGAUGCUGUUUUUGCUAAAGGAAUGACUGUGCGUCAGUCAAAAGAGGAGCUACUUCCUCAACUCAGGGAGCAAUGUGGAUUAGAUCUGACUAUUGACAGGUUUCGCCUACGAAAGAAAACCUGGAAGAAUCCAGGCACUGUAUUUCUGGAUUAUCAUGUCUAUGAGGAAGAUAUUAAUAUUUCAAGCAACUGGGAGGUCUUCUUAGAAAUACUUGACGGGGCAGAAAAGAUGAAAUCCAUGUCACAGCUUGCUGUUCUAUCAAGACGAUGGAGGCCAUCAGAGAUGAAGCUUGAUUCCUUCCAGGAAGUAGUUCUGGAAAGCAGCAGUGUUGAUGAAUUAAAAGAGAAGCUUAGUGAAAUAAGUGGAAUACCCUUGGAAUAUAUAGAAUUUGCUAAGGGGAGAGGCACAUUUCCCUGUGAUAUUUCAGUACUAGAGAUCCACCAGGACUUGGACUGGAAUCCUAAAGUGUCUACAUUGAACGUCUGGCCUCUCUACAUUUGUGAUGAUGGCGCAGUAAUAUUUUAUAGGGAUAAAACUGAAGAAUUAAUUGAAUUGACAGAUGAACAGAGAAAUGAACUAAUGAAAAAAGAAAGCAGCAGACUCCAGAAAACUGGACACCGCGUAACCUACUCCCCUCGUAAAGAAAAAGCACUAAAAAUUUAUCUGGAUGGCGCCCCAAAUAAAGAGUCGACUCAAGACUGACAUUUACAAUAGCAUUUCCCUUGGGGAAUUUUUUUGUUUUAAAUAAUUAAAAAAAAAAA